CCAGCGCGUCAGGAUUAUCCUGAGAAACAGUCGGGCCGUCGCCGAAGUGUCGAAAGACAUCCGAGAACGCCACAACUUGUUUUUUUAAACCAAAAAUAAGCAAUUAAGUCUUGUCAGUGCGUUUUCCACAAGUGAAACCAUGUCAACACCGGCCAGACGGAGACUGAUGAGAGAUUUUAAACGAUUGCAAGAGGAUCCUCCAGCCGGUGUUAGCGGCGCUCCAUCUGAAAACAACAUCAUGGUGUGGAAUGCUGUCAUAUUUGGCCCUGAAGGAACUCCCUUUGAGGAUGGUACAUUUAAGCUUAUUGUAGAGUUCACAGAAGAAUACCCCAACAAACCCCCCACAGUACGAUUUGUGUCAAAGAUGUUUCAUCCAAAUGUCUACGCGGAUGGCAGUAUAUGUUUGGACAUCCUCCAGAACCGUUGGAGUCCCACCUACGAUGUAUCCUCUAUUCUUACAUCUAUCCAGUCUCUGCUCGAUGAACCAAACCCCAACAGUCCGGCCAACAGUCAGGCUGCGCAGCUCUACCAGGAGAACAAGCGGGAGUACGAGAAGCGCGUGUCUGCUAUUGUAGAACAAAGCUGGAGAGACAGUUGACCUGACAAUCCCGACAGCUGCUCUUUCCAUUGUAAAGCUGUGUGUGCUGCGAGUUUUAGUGGAGUACAUCUUCAUUUUUGAGCCCCCCCCAACUCUUUGAUUUUAAGCUUUUAUGCACUUUACCUUUCUUAGAGUUUUUUUUCCCCUUCCCCACCAGGAGGGAUUCAUUUUUUUCUGUGUUCUCCCACUUUUCUAGUCCAUCAGGGGAAAUGUGCUGAAUCUUGCCUCAGUGUUUGGACUAGUGAGCCAUUACCCAAACUCCGUCUGUGUUCUAUCAUGCUGUAGUGACUCCUCAUGACUAAAUUAUGUGAAACGUCUUUUGAGGAGCGUCGUCACUUAUUCAUGGGUCCUCUUCUGUCGUGCCCCUGAUGUGUUCUGUUAAGUUUGUGUUCACAAGGCUCCAGUGUGAUCGCCCCACCUUUUCUUUGGGAGAAUGAGCAGCCUGAGCAUUAAAGACUACAAGGAAGUCAGACAUUUUUACACCAUGUAUUUUGCUGUGUUGUGAACUCUGUUACAUGCAUGACAGUGAGUGUGUUCACAUUCCUGUUCAGUACCCAUGUAUAUAAGAAACCUGCAAUUGAAUUUAUGUACAGAUUUUGCACUGGUUGUCUCCCAUGUCAUUUUUUCAGCACUUGUAAAUAAAAAAAAAAGUCAAUUUCA